CGCCCCCUUGUUUACUACCUUCAGAGUACAAGUAGGUGGGGACUUCUCCACGCGCGCUCUCCCAUUGGUUGAGUCCAUCUCUUAAGUAACAGUCCCACGCGCUGCACUGCAGACUUUCCUCUCUCCUGAACUACUCGACUUCGCCCAUCAACUGUCACUCAAGGAAUUGUUGUUGUGUUUUGAGGAUGACGGGUACAAUGAGGUUGGUCCGGUCCCUGGUGAAGACGGCGGUGCGGGUGAACGUGCCCAAACACGUCGACCACUUCUCCAAGUUCUCCCCCUCUCCGCUCUCCAUGAAGCAGUUCUUGGAUUUCGGUUCCACCAAUGCCUGUGAGCGCACAUCGUUCGUCUUCCUGCGACAGGAGCUUCCAGUCCGCUUGUCCAACAUCAUGAAGGAGAUCGAGGUGCUGCCGGACCGGCUGCUGGCCACGCCCUCAGUCCAGAUGCUGCACAGCUGGUACACCCAGAGCCUGAUGGAGAUCCUGGAGUUUCUGGACAAGAGCCCUGAUGACCACAGAGUCCUUGAGAUGUUCGUGGAGGUCUUGGAGUCCAUUAGGAACCGGCACAACGAGGUGGUUCCAACCAUGGCUCAGGGAAUCAUUGAGUAUAAAGAUGCUUUCAGCCGUCGGGACGCUGUUACCGACCACAACAUCCAGUACUUCCUGGACCGCUUCUACACCAGUCGCAUCUCCAUCCGCAUGCUCAUCAACCAGCACACGCUAGUCUUCAACGGCAAUACAAACCCCGCCCACCCCAACACCAUUGGCUGUAUCGACUCCAUAUGUGACGUGUCAGAAGUUGUGCGAGAUGCCUAUGAGAGCGCUAAGUUGCUGUGUGAGCAGUAUUACCUGGGAGCACCAGAGCUGGAGCUGAGGCAGAUGAAUGCCAACAACAAUAGAGAGCCCAUCCACAUCUCUUACGUCCCAUCUCACCUAUACCAUAUGCUCUUUGAACUCUUCAAGAAUGCCAUGAGGGCAACCAUUGAGAACCAGGAGACUAGCACGACCCUCCCACCCAUCAAAGUCAUGGUUGCUCUUGGUGGAGAGGACUUGUCAAUCCAGAUGAGUGACAGAGGAGGCGGCGUCCCCUUUAGGAAGACGGAGCGUCUGUUCAGCUACAUGUACUCCACGGCUCCCAGACCCUCCAUAGGAGACAAACACAGAGCUCCACUGGCGGGGUUUGGCUAUGGUCUGCCCAUCUCUCGCCUCUACACUCGCUAUUUCCAGGGAGACUUGCAGCUCUACUCCAUGGAGGGUCAUGGCACUGACGCGGUCAUAUACCUGAAGGCCUUGUCGAAGGACUCGGUGGAGAGGUUGCCAGUGUUCAACAAGACUACAUUGCGUCACUACAAGCUGAGUUUGGAGGCGGACGAUUGGUGCGUUCCCUCCAAGGAGCCACUGGACCUUGCUGUGUACCGCACUUCCAAGUGAUUUGGCCAUGACCUGUGACACGACUUCUGCCACAAACCCUCACAAGCUGACCAUGAACAAAAUGUACGUCAAGAGACGGGGCGGCGUUGUGGGACCAGAACUAUUACCCAGACGGUUGACCUGAGCCGAGGUGACAAGACAGAGCACCUGCUGUCUGGGAUUGUCUGGGAAUUCCCUGGAUUCCCGGAGCAUCUUCUUCAUUGGACCUCCCUCUUUUUUUUUUCUUUACGUGUGGUUUAGAUAAAGAGAAGAACAAGGUUGACAUUUAAGAUGGCAGAUAAUCAAAGACGCAGUGGUGGAAAUCCAGAAAGCAAGAUUGAGCAGUGAAAUGAGCUAAUAGUAGGGCUGAACAAUUUGAAGAACAUACCUUAUGGUGGACAUUAUCCGACCAGCAUUGGGAUGUGUGAAAACAUCAAACAUUGGAGACCUGUUUUGUGAUUCCUUCUAAUGAAGUUAUUUUAUGGGGCUUUCCAGCCAAUCAGGUCUUUAGGUUUGAAAGUGCCUGCGUAAUGCUCUGUUAGACAGUACCUGUCUAACAGAGAAGUGUGGUUUGUUUUCUUCGAAACGGAACAUUUCGUCUUUUUAUUACAGCCGUUCUCAAAUCAAACAUGUCAAAUAUCAAAGCUUUGGUCUGUGACCCUCAACGUCUCUCAGUCCUUAGCUUAAGCCCGUUGCUAAGUUAAGUAGUUCAAAUACUUAUUUUAUCCCAAAUCACAAUCUUUCACUAAACCAAACCAAAUACUUGUGUAGCGCAAGUAAACCUAAAAAAAUUAAAUAAAGCCACAUUGGAAGUUUAUUUUGAAAAGAGAACUUAUGCAUGUAACAAACAGGAUGUGACAAGAAAACUGAUGCUUAAGGGGUACUAUAGUUUAAAGAGUAAAGGGCCAGACACUCGGCUUCAGUAUUUGACAAGUUGGCAGAGAAUGUGUUGACUGUUAGUGAAUCAGUCAGGGCCAUACAAUGCAAACUUGUGUUGUUGUUUUACAUGUCUUGUACAAAUUGACUAAGUAAGUCUUUGCUUGAAUCACUGCACAGUUACUGACAGACACUGAUUAAGGAUCAUCCAGUUAGAGUUCAGCAGGAACUGUCACAAUGUCAAAGAGUUAUGUAAACUUGUCUUCUGGUUAUCCAUUAAUCGGCUUCGAUAAAAGUGUGGAAUGCACCUUAAUCAGUUUGUUGUUGAAGACCUGUAAUGGGUCCAAACUACAGUGUGUGUGUGAUGGGAAGUGCCUCUUUUCUAUUGUAUAUUUGAAGUAAACCGUUCAUAAUAG